UCCUGACUAUAUGUAUGCAGCUGUAUCAUGAUUUGUACAAUAAUCAUUUUAUUUCUCCCUGGCACACAGAGAUCAUGGAUACAGUGAUAUCUGCAGUGAUCAGCGACUUCAUCAGCCGGUUCAUCUCCUUCAUCGUUGAAAACUACCAGGCUCAUCAUCAGGUUGCCACCCAUAAGAUUUCAAGGCUGCAGCGGCUGCUCCUGCGAGCCAGCAUCGUCGUUGAGGAGGCCGAUGGGCGGCAAAUCACCAACCAUGGCAUGCUCUUGCAGCUUAAGCAGCUCAGAGAGUCCCUGUACCGUGGCUACUACAUGUUGGACACCUCCGACGUUUGGCCCUCUCGAUCAAAUGGGCUGUUAGAGCCAUACAGUACAUAUUUGUUCAUGGAGAGGUGCAUGUUCGGCCGACAGUCGGAAAAAGAGCAUAUUGUCAACUUCUUAUUAAGCCCCUGUUCGUCUUUGGAUAUCCUUCCUGUUAUUGGACCAAUUUAUGUUGGAAAAAAUACCCUAGUUGAGCAUGCUUGUAGAGAGGAGAUAGUGCGAAGAAACUUCUCAAAAAUCUUGCACUUCAGCAGCGAUGAUCUCAUGGAUCUAGCUAAUGGUACUGACACGGAUAAUCAUAUAUGUAAGAAGUUUAAUCCUUCGGGUGGGAGAUCCGUGAUUGUCGUGGAGCUUGUUCAUGACAGUGAUGUGGUGGCAUGGGGUAAACUUUACCAUUCAUUGCGCCGUGGAGUCGACAGCAGCAAGGUCAUACUCAUCAGCAGAAUGGAUUGUGCAUCAAGUUUAGGGACAGUGGAAGCUCUUAGGCUGACAAGGUUACGUGAAGAGGAGCAUUGGUACUUCUUUAGAGUCCUUGCCUUUGGUAGUGCAAACCCAUAUGAUCAUCAUCCAGAUCUUGCCUCGAUAGCUAAGGAAAUUGCAAUGGGGAUCCGUGGUUCACUUAUGACAACGAGAACAAUUGCUAGGGUGCUAAGAGGUAAUCUGAAUGUGCAAUUUUGGCGCCGUGCUUUGUGUUCUAUAAGAAAGGUAAUGCAGGUGCACAUUCAUGUCUUUGGAGAAGACCCAAGGGAAACACAAUCUAGCAAUAGAUUUUUAUCGUAUUUUCUUGGCUUUAGCCAGGAUAGUCCUCUCAUGUUUUGCUAUAACAGAUACAAGACAAGGUCUAUGAUGCAAGGAGACAUGACCAACAAGAAAAGGGCCGAAGAUGUGCUUACUUCAAGGCCUGUGCAAAAUGGAGAGAUGUUUGAUAUAGCCGGUCAAUCUCACAUCCCUCCAUAUCACAACUACGUAUCAUGCUGGGUUGUGGAGAAAAAUAGAAGAGUUAACCUUGGAAACAAGUGCCUUAAGAGAAAACGAAACUAGCAAACAUCCCCUAACAUGACCUUUUAAUCUGAUAGGCACCUAGAAUCUCCUAUUUCAAAAAAAAAAAAAACACCAAAAAAGCUAGUGUCGAUCGACUUUAGCUUGUGGGUUUGUAAUUAUUAGCUUUUGUUCCUUGUUUAUAAUGUUUCGAACUACUCGUCUAGUUUAUCAUCAAGAUUUACUAUCUCAAAAAGUUUGAUUUCUUUCUGCUCUCUUGCUUUUUCUAUUUCGUGAUUGUAAUCCUACAUAGUUAAAAUAAAGCAGAUACAAUUUUCUCAAAAAGGUUUCACCGUCUGUAUGCAAUUUUCUUAACCAAGUACUACCACCAAGCUAAGUCAGAGAUACUACCACCAAUCCUAGCACUUUACAAUGUAAAAGCUGCUCCACUCUUUCGUCCUCUCCAGAAGCUCUCCUUUUGUUUUGUUCAGCUAAGGGAUUUGCCAAUCAGCCUCAAGCUUUCAGUAGCGAGCUAACAGCUGAACUGACCGGCUGGUGGUCGUCCACCAAGUCACCAACCGCAGGACGCGACCGUCUGAGCGACCCAUGCCGCUUGCCGCCCAGCGUUUGCCACCGCAAAUGGAAGACUGACGCUGACACAAAAAAUCAGCAAACCGAAGCAUCCAAUUUACAUUAGUAUUUUGAGGAUAUUUGAAUUUAUAUCGGAUACAUUUUAUAUAAAAACAGAUAAACACAGAAAGUACCUUUAUUCGAAAUACUGUCCACCUCUAAAAACUUACCUUAAUUGCUACUUUGCUAGCGUUCGCCGUUCACCGUAAAACCGACUUCCCUCCCCACGUCCCCCUCCAGUGUAUCACCUCACGAACCACCUGUACAAAUUUCAAAUCGAUUCAAUAGUACAAUCUCUUGUAUAAAAUGCAACCUCACCUAAAGUAGUUCAUUUUCAGUCCAUUUUACAAAGGCUAACAAUUUCAGUCCAUUUUUCUACUUUUUUUUUCUGCAAGGGAUCUACCAUGGAGAGGACCAAUCUUAUUACAAAUCCUCGUAUCUCCAGACGAAUGCACACCCAUCUUCGUGUGAUAAUAUCGCCUUUUCUCCGUGACA